AUGUCGGCUAUCUUUUGUUGCCCGGACAUAAAACCGUACCGACCCCGGUGGCUUGACCACGAGCCGAAGUUUACAGCUUUUCUGCGUUGGGCAAACCACCUUACAACGCCUCCAGCGACGGAAAAUGACUUCUCCGUGGUCAGCAACGCACCGUACGCUGUUCAGCUUGUGAGACAGGUCAACUAUGGACCGCAGGAGGCGAUCAGAUACUUUGUUCCCGCUCAGAAUGGUUCCAUAUUUGUGGAGACUACCGAAAUUGAUCUUGUAAAUGCUAAUUUCGAGAAACUGAAUUCGUAUAAAAACUUCAGAUGCGAAUAUCACAAUAAAUUUUUCGAAGUCAACUUGUAUCAAAAGAAUCCUACGAACACGCAUCACUGGCGGGCCAACCUUGCAAGGCUGUCUAGGGAAAUUGAUCUUGUAUAUCGGCAUAAAGAUACGGAGAUGGAGAAAACCAAUGCAGAUGAAAAGGCCGAGCGGGAGACGGGACCUGACCUCCCUUUUGUUCCACAGCGUGAAAAGUUACUCCCGAGGCCGUGCAAUUUGCUUUCUAAGCCCGUUCAGGCAGGUUGUGAAUCGCAUUGGGCGACGUCAAAAACAGAAAGUGGACUUUCGGAUUCGAACGAGCAAAGCACCGCCGAGUUAGAUAUCGCAGCUUUCAAGAGAGUCCUUCGAUUCUUGCUUCCGGCAGUCGGGACAAGCCUUGGCUCAAACCCUCUCUUAUCCUUACUAUGCCUCGAUUGGAUCAAUCAAGAACUGAGCCUUGGUCUUAGCCUCGAGGCUCUUUGGGAGGCACAACUGACUAGUUCAAAUAUCAUCAUAUUUCUUUGUCGUUGUUUUAAUAUGUCUGACAGCGACUCGGUCGAUUUGGACGGAAUUGAAGACUUAGUACUCCCGGCAAUGCGCCACAUCCAGCCUCUCAGAAAUCGAAAGAAUGCCGGGCGAGCCAGGCUUCAGGAUAUUGUUUAUCAGGCGCUCGAGGAUGGUCGUUCAGUACCUUGGGUGCGCAAAUUUAGAGAUGACAUUACGCGCGUGUUUGAGUGUGGCCCUGGAGAGGACCUUCUCCAGCGAUGCUGGCAUAAGGAUGAUGAGCUGCGACAAGACCCAAGUAAUCAAAACAAUGACUUGGUCCAUGAAGCCUCCGUCGAAGAGGACAAAGAAGAGAACGAGUUAUGGAUGAAACAUCGAAAACUGGCCGUUGGCGUUUUUCACAAUUACGGUUCUGACGAUAGCGAUUACUAUUACGGAUAUGAAUCCCCAAAAGACUUCACGGCCUGCGACAAGGAAUGUGGAUAUUGCGGGCACUGUGAUUAUUAA